AUGACAACGAUGUUCGUCCAACUGCGUCGUGUGGUGUACCUGUUGGUACUUCUGCAGUGUUAUGCGUGUGUGACCCGUGCGCAAAGCGGUGAGGCCCGCGUGAACAAGUCCCCGGAUGAGAGGUUAAGGGAAAAGGAGGUACAGCUGAAAUACGAGGUAGAUCGAGUAAACGAUACUGUUGUGAAGGGGGUGAGUUGUCUGAAUUUAUGGAAGGAAGCGGUAAGGGAGUCCAACCAAAGUCGUGCGGACGCCGACUCUGCGGCGGGACGUGCGGAGGACAUCAGCCAAAGAAUUAGCGAGAUGAUAACGGGUGUGGGUGCGGAGGGUACUAUCAACAACUGGAAGGAAGUCAAGGGGUUGGUGGCGGAGGUCGAAGAAACAACGGGCAAACUCAGACAAUCCAUCGAGGAAACGGAGAGGAAGUUACGAGAUGCAUACAAGACCGGAAAGGUCUUUUGCAGGUUCGAAUAUGAAAAUGCGAUUAAUGCCAAGGAGGAGUUAGAAAGAGCCCGGGGUCGGUACGAUGAGGCACUAGAUCCGUAUGAGGGACCGAAGCCGAGUGGGGAGAAAAACAAGGAACUCUAUGAAAACAGUACCGUGGUGCACAACGAGAUAUCAGCUUUUAUUGGAGAUUACAAGUUAUUCGGGGGUGAUGCGCAGCAUUCACAGGUGACGUCCUACGCUCACAUGAAAGACGCGAGAGAAGUACUUGAUGCGACGGUUGUGAAGUUAGGGCUUCUUAAAACGAAAGUCGACGCACAAGUUGGAAAGAUAGGGUCGCCCCCGGAGAAUACGGAAGCUACAGCAGUCAAACAGAAGAUAGAGGAUGUUUACGAAAAGGUGAAAAACAGUGGUGUCAAAGACACGGUGCGUGCCAAGAUUGAAGACGAACCAAAAGAAAGCAAACUCGAGGCCAGUAAUUUUAGUGUGAAGCUGAAGAGUGAGAUGGAAAACGUCGUGCAGCGUUUGGAGGAGGAAAGAAGAAGGAUUGCCGAAGAGAAGGUGCGAAGAGAGGAAGAUGCAAGAAGAGCUGCUGAAGAAGAGGCUAAAAGGAAAAGGGCGGAGGAGGAGGAAAGAGCGAGAGAGGAGGCGGCACAAAAGGCCAGGGAAAGAGAAGCAAGAGAGGCAGCAAAGAAGGCCAAGGAAGUGGAGGCCAGACUUGCAGAGACAGCAGAAAAGUCCAGGGAAAAAGAGGUGAGAGAGGCAGCAGAGAAGGCAAAGGGAGAAGCGGAACGGGCGCAAAAGGCCAAAAAGAAGAACGACCGUGCUGAAAGUCCUGCAUUGGUGCACGCUUCCAUGCUGCUUCUUGUUCUGAUAUGUGUGUUGGGUUGCACUCUCGUUUGCUGA